GGGAGCAGCACGGCCUGCAUUGUUGUCCUGGAUCGGACUACUCGGCGCCUGCACACGGCCAACCUCGGCGACUCGGGCUUCUUGGUGGUCCGUGGGGGCCGGGUGGUGCACCGCUCCGACGAGCAGCAGCACUAUUUCAAUACUCCGUUCCAGCUCUCGAUAGCGCCGCCCGAAGCCGAGGGAGUCGUCUUCAGCGACAGAGAACUCGAAUUACGAAAGCAUCCAGCAGACGGCGAGCAGCAUUGCCGAGCAAGCGCACCAGCUGGCCUACGACCCAAAUUAUAUGUCUCCCUUCGCACAGUUCGCGUGUGACAAUGGACUGAAUGUAAGAGGU